CGUACGGUGCGCGUGGCCGCGUACCCUACGCCGUGGCCGCGACGCGGAACCAUAACCCAGGCCGGAGCUCAGCAGCGGUCGGGAGGGGGAUUUCCAGCCCGAGCUCACACUUCCCGAAGCAGCAGUUGUUUUGCUUUCGGUCUGAAUGGAUAAACAGAACUAAGGCUGCCCACCCUCGCCCCGGUCCAGCUCGAACUGUCCCUCCCUCCCCGGGCUGCACUUGUCGCCCCGACACCGGCACAGUGAAGCGAUAAGGCCGUCCACACGAACAGCGGUCGUUUGCAGGAUGGAUAGCGAAGAGGGCAGUAUGCCAGUAGAGAGAAUGCGGAUGCGGCCGUGGCUGGAAGAACAGAUCAAUUCUUGCCAGAUACCAGGACUGAAAUGGGUUAACAAAGAAAAGAGAAUCUUCCAGAUCCCAUGGAUGCACGCUGCACGGCACGGGUGGGACUUGGAGAAGGACGCUCCGCUCUUCAUGCGCUGGGCCGUACACACUGGGAAGUAUCAGCCGGGGGCCGACCGUCCAGAUCCAAAGACGUGGAAGGCCAAUUUCCGCUGCGCCAUGAACAGCCUACCAGACAUCGAAGAGGUGAAGGAUAAAAGCAUCAAAAAGGGAACCAAUGCCUUCAGAGUUUAUAAAAUGCUGUCGUCCACGGAGAGAAGCUUGAAAAAGGGAAAGAAGAAGACAGAUAAGGAGGGAAACCCAAAGGGAAGGAAAGAGAUCUAUUCUUCAUCUCCUGAAGUUUAUCCUGGACCUGUUGAUCAUAGCAAGCAGGACUUGAUCAAGGAGGAAGGGGUAGAGGUCACAGUGACAGACAGUGCAUCAGCAAUUCACAGUUCAGUGGACGACCACGUGAUCAACAGCGAGCAGGUCCCGUACGUGUGCCAGACGAUCGAAGUGACCACUGAGAACGAAGAGCAGACCGUCAGCUCCUCCCAUUCCUACCCACUACAGAUCUCUCCAGCUUCCUCGUGCUGCGGCAGCGGGACAGACAGUGAUACAGAAGAUAUUAAAGAGGGCGUUAGUGCAGCAUGGAAGCAGGAUUACAGCAAACCCGUCCUCAGGAUCCCCUCCUGCUCCCUCCCUGGCAUGGCCACCUUUGUGAAUCCGGGCAAACCCAACUUCAGGGUGACCAGCACGCGGGACCCCACGCCGCUGAUCAGCUACCAGAUCGACAGCUGGAGCCAGAACUCUCUCACGCCCAGGACCGGCGAGAUCAGGACCGGCGAGAUCAGGACCAGCGAGAGCAGGACCAGCGACAUCAGGACCAGCGAGAUCCGUGCAAGUGUCAUUAGGAAAACCUCUGACGUCAGCUCCUCCUGACCUCACAUCAACAGUACAAUUCAUAUGUCCAGGGCAAAAACAAAAAGAUAAAAUGUUUGGCUUCUUUUUUUCAGAGCCAUGUGGGAGAGUAAACCUCCCCAACCUUUGAUUUAUCGGAACAUUUGCCUUGGUCAUGCGCUCUCUCAGUUUUCCCCACUCACUUGACUCUGUUAAUACAUUAGCUGGCUUCACAAGUUUUCUAAGUGGUGAGCGUUUAAUAUAGAUGUUUUUGUGCAGGGUUCUGUGCACUGCAAAAACUCAAACAAAUCUUACCAGGAAUAUUUGUCUUAUUUCUAGUUAAAAUGUCUCUUUUUUUUAGUCAAAAGAAUCUCAUUACACUUAAAACAAGAGUCAUUACCAGAAAAAUAACUUGUUAUUUGACAAUUUUCACCUGUUUCAAGUAAAUUUUCACUUGAAUUAAGUAGGAAAAUCUGCCAGUGGGACAAGAUUUAUCUUCUCAUUACAAGCAAAAAAAUCUUGUUCCACUGGCAGAUUUUUCUACUUAUUUUAAGUGGAAAUCUACGACGGAGUAUUAGGGCUAAACUAAGACAAAAAAAGAAAUGGAAUUUACGAGAAUAAAGUCGUAAUAUUUUGAGAAUAAAGUUUUAAUAUUAAAUAUAUUAUAAAUAUAUAAAUAUAACUUCACAAGAUGCUCAAUAUUCCUCAUUUUAACACAGGACUGCCCUUCCUGUUAGAGUUCUCAUAAAUUAUAUUCUCAUAAUAUUACGACUUUAGUCUCAUAAAUUACGACUUUAUUCUCGUAAUAUUAUGACUUUAUUUUCGUAAUUUUACGACUUUAUUCUCGCAACAUUAUGACUUUAUUCUCGUAAUAUUAUGACUUUAUUCUCGUAAUAUUAUGACUUUAUUCUCGUAAUAUUAUGACUUUAUUCUCG